AUGGAACUAGGAGAUCAAAAACCUUCUCAGCUAUUGCGCCGCAUGAGAGAGUUAGCCAGAGAUAAAGUACCGGACGACACCCUGCGAGUGUUAUGGCAAGGUCACUUAACUACAACAUUGAGGGCAAUCCUUACAGUCACUGAAACAAAAUAUUUAGACAACCUCGCCAUGAUUGCGGAUAAUGUUGCGGAGGCCACGCGAGUUAACCACAUCUCUGAGGUCGUUAAUCAGCAAACCUCGAAUAUGGAACGACCAUCAACAAGCGAGACAUCUUUAAUUUUAGCGGAAAUAGCAAAAUUAAGCGUCAGAAUGACUAACAUGGAGCAGUCACGAUCCAGACAAAACUACUUUGAUCGUAACCGUGAUAGAAGUGGCUCACGAUCUUCAUCGAGACGCCGUACCUCAGAGAACCCCAACUGGUUAUGUUACUACCAUUACAAGUUCCGUCAGAAUGCUCAGAAAUGCGUCCAACCAUGUGCAUGGAAACCAAGUUCGGAAAGCUAG